AUUUUCCAUAGCCUCAUGGUUCCAUCGUUAGGCACGAUUAGAAAGAGACAAGUAUCGAAGAACCAAGGUUUUCCUUCAAGAAUUCUGUACAUAUCUGCAUGUGGCCCGAAAGUAGUGACAAACGUGUUUUUUCCUACUUCUUUGAAAGUGGCCCUUUUACCAAUCCUCCAAACUUUCGCCUUUGUGUUGCUGAUCAGUUCCUUGCCCACCACUCGAUUGGAGCAGACUUUUCCGAUCAGACUUUUUUCUCCUUUGCGUUUGAUAUCCUCACUCCUGCUUUUGUCGACUAUCAACACCUCUUCCUCCUCCUCUGUCAACCUGAGUUUCCUCAACUGGUCCUCUAGAACUUCCGUCCUAAAUCACUCUCCACUAGACAUUGUUUGGCCUGACUAGCGAACGAAUGAAAACAGGCAGGAUAAAAACUAUUUCACGACCUCUGGUUUCGCCCAGCUCUAUCCAGAGAGGAGACUUGAACGUAGUAGGAUAAGGAUUGUUGAUACGAGGAGGUUUAUUUCGCGUGCCUAUUUAUUUCGCACUUGAUACCUUAAAAUUUAGAUAACAACUUUAAAAACUGCGAAUUUCAAAAAAUUUCAGUAAAAGGCAUAGACUAUCUUAUUGACUUAAGCAUAUGCAUGAAGUCGCAUGAAGUCGAAAUAGCUUCGUUGUUAUCUUUUAUAAAUUCUAAACACUGAGAGACGGACGGACGGAUAGACAGAGAUGGGUUCGUUGGAAGAUGAGAGAUCGCUCUUGGAAGAUGGUCUUUCACAGAAUGAAUGCAACAGUCAACAUACAGGGGAUGGCUCGGUCGACUUUCAUGGGAAGCCUGUCCUUAAGCAGAAUACUGGAAAUUGGAGAGCAUGCCCGUUCAUUCUAGGUACUGAAGGUUGUGAACGUCUUGCCUACUAUGGGAUUGCCACUAAUCUUGUUACUUAUCUUACCAACAAACUACAUGAAGGAAAUAUCUCUGCUGCAAGAAAUGUUACCACGUGGCAAGGGACUUGUAGUCUUACUCCCCUCAUUGGAGCUGUCUUAGCAGAUGCUUACUGGGGAAGAUAUUGGACAAUUGCAGCUUUCUCCACUAUCUAUUUCAUUGGAAUGUGUACAUUGACACUUUCAGCAUCUGUUCCUGCACUGAUGCCUUCAGAAUGUGUGGGCUCUGUAUGCACUUCAGCUACUCCAGCUCAGUAUGCGGUCUUCUUCUUUGGCCUCUAUUUGAUUGCUUUGGGGACUGGCGGGAUCAAACCUUGUGUUUCACCAUUUGGUGCUGAUCAAUUUGAUGGUACUGAUCCAAGAGAGAGGGUACAGAAGGGAUCCUUCUUUAACUGGUUCUAUUUUUCUAUUAACUUUGGUGGACUUAUAUCUAGUAGCUUUUUGGUUUGGAUUCAAGACAAUGCUGGGUGGGGUCUAGGAUUUGGCAUCCCGGCAUUGUUUAUGGUCAUUGCUAUUGCAAGUUUCUUUUCAGGCACUCCUCUUUAUAGAUUCCAGAAACCCGGGGGAAGUCCUAUUACAAGAAUGUGCCAGGUUUUUGUUGCAUCAUUCCAUAAGAGGAAUAUAGAGGUGCCCAAAGAGAGUAGUCGUUUGUAUGAAACACAAGACAAAUACUCUGCCAUUGAAGGAAGUCGGAAACUGGAGCAUACUGAAGAAUUGAAGUGCCUUGAUAAAGCUGCUGUACCGUCAGAUGCAGAGAUCAAAAGCGGGGACUUCUCUAAUCCAUGGAUACUUUGCACUGUUACACAGGUGGAAGAAUUGAAGAUUUUGAUCCGCAUGUUCCCGAUCUGGGCGACUGGAAUAGUCUUUUCUGCUGUUUAUGCCCAAAUGUCUACAAUGUUUGUGGAACAAGGGAGGGCGAUGGACACGACUCUUGGUUCUUUCACAAUUCCUCCAGCCUCACUCUCAAGCUUCGAUACCAUCAGUGUCAUUUUCUGGGUUCCCAUAUAUGAUAGAGUAAUUGUCCCGAUUGCAAGGAAAUUUACUGGCAAGGAGAGGGGCUUCUCAGAGUUACAGCGGAUGGGAAUUGGUCUUUUUCUUUCUGUCCUAUGCAUGUCAGCUGCUGCGUUGGUAGAGAUCUGGAGGUUGCAGAUUGCAAAUGAACUAGGAUUGGUUGACGAAGAUGUUGCUGUACCACUCAGUAUCUUUUGGCAAAUACCCCAAUAUUCCUUGUUGGGUGCUGCGGAAGUAUUUACAUUUAUAGGGCAGUUUGAGUUCUUCUAUGACCAAUCUCCUGACGCCAUGCGGAGCUUAUGCAGUGCAUUGUCUUCUUUGACAGAUUCAUUGGGGAACUAUCUGAGUUCUUUGAUUCUGACACUGGUAACUUACUUCACAACAAAGGGCGGGAGCGUCGGAUGGAUUCCGGAUAAUUUGAACGAGGGUCACCUUGAUUAUUUCUUCUGGCUUUUAGCCGGUCUCAGCUUCUUAAAUAUGUUGGUAUACAUUGUUUGUGCCAGAAAGUACAAACAAAAGAAGGCUUCUUAAGGAUUCCAGAAGAUGGGUGCCAUUAUGGAAAAUUCUAGAAGGUGGGGGUUAAGGCUUUUUCGUAAGAGGAUGAUGUAAUAGCUAUUUCUGGAAAGGAUUCUGUAAUAUCUACGAUUAAAAUUUCUCCCCAGAUUCCAUCUGUGUAUUAUAUAUUGUGUAGAAACUAUUCAGCAAUGAUUUGAGCUUCUGUGAUUCGCCA